UCCCUCGUCUCCCCCGCCCCCCCCCCACUCCCCCGCUCCUCCAUUCCCUCGUCUCCCCCGCCCCCCCCACUCCCCUGCUCCUCCAUUCCCUCGUCUCCCCCGCCCCCCCCCCCACUCCCCCGCUCCUCCAUUCCCUCGUCUCCCCCGCCCCCCCCCCACUCCCCCGCUCCUCCAUUCCCUCGUCUAUCCCGCCCCCCCCACUCCCCCGCUCCUCCAUUCCCUCGUCUCUCCCGCCCCCCCCCCACUCCCCCGCCCCCCCCCCACUCCCCCGCUCCUCCAUUCCCUCGUCUCUCCCGCCCCCCCCACUCCCCCGCUCCUCCAUUCCCUUUCCCUCGUCUCCCCCGCCCCCCCCACUCCCCCGCUCCUCCAUUCCCUCGUCUCUCCCGCCCCCCCACUCCCCCGCCCCUCCAUUCCCUCGUCUCCCCCGCCCCCCCCCACUCCCCCGCUCCCCCGCUCCUCCAUUCCCUUUCCCUCGUCUCCCCCGCCCCCCCCCACUCCCCCGCUCCUCCAUUCCUUCGUCUAUCCCGGCCCCCCCCACUCCCCCGCUCCUCCAUUCCCUCGUCUCCCCCGCCCCCCCCCCCCCCC